AUGGCGGGAAUCUGCAUCCAGUGCGCGAAGUGCCUCAAAAUCCUGAGUGACUCCACCGCGCUCGUGCUCAGCGACGCGGCGAAGAACAUCCUCGCGGUGAAGGGCGCGUCGUGCGUCGUCGUGGACGAGGAGAGGAUCCAGGACGAGACCGACGGCGGCGACAGCGAGUACUCCCGCGCGCGAUGCGAGAACUGCGACGCGCUCGUCGGUCGCCUGUACAACCGCGUCGGCGAAGCGAACGCUCGCGUGCGCGAUUUACUCUGCCUCGACACCGCCGCCGUGUGCUCGUACCAGCUCGGGUCGCACGAGCUCAAGUGCGCGGGGCACGAGCAGACGCCGACGAUCAGUGGCGGUGGUGGUAACGGAAGUCAAGGGGGCGUUUCGGUCGACGAGGACCGCGUGCGGAGGUUAGAAGAGCAGAUGGUCAAGGCGCGUUCUUCUUCACACUGGUCCCCAUACGACGGCGUCGGCGCGGUGAACGCCGAUCCUUAA